AUGUUGGUCCAGGAGUCCUACAAGGAUGUGCCGACCAAGGCAGCCGGAGAAGGCUCAAUGCGCAUCUUCAUUUUCCAUCCCACCGUUCCAGGUUAUCCGCAUGCAAAGUUUCCAGGCGUCGUCGUCUUCUCGGAGAUCUACCAAGUAACUGGACCGGUCUCCCGCUUUGCUCGCCAAAUCGCCGGCCAAGGAUACAUCGUCGCAGCUCCUUCGUCGUACCACGAAUUCACGGGCCCAGAACCAUUGGCGUACGAUGUCCCAGGCACUGAUGCGGGAAACGAGUGGAAGAUCAAGAAGAAAGUCGCAGCAUACGAUGAAGACGCCGAACUGUCUGUCUCAGUGCUGCUUGGCCUCAAGACCUGCAGUGGCAAGAUCGGCGCGACGGGGAUGUGCUUAGGUGGACACUUGGCCUACCGAUGCGCCUUGGAUCAGAGGGUCACCGCUGCGGUCUGCUACUUCGCGACUGAUAUACAUAGCCACAGUUUGGGAGAAGGGAAGAACGACGACAGUCUGAAAAGAGCGGGCGAUAUCAAGGGCGAGUUGGUCAUGAUCUUUGGGAAGAGUGACAACCAUGUGCCCCCCGAAGGGAGGGACUUGAUCCGUAAAACGCUGCACGAGACGGGCGUCCAGUUUUCGUUCUUCGAGAUCCUUGGCGCCCAGCACGCUUUCAUCAGAGACGAGCUGAGUAAAGGACGGUAUGACCCGGCCGUGACGAAGAUGUGCUUUGAGAUCCUGUUGGAGGUGUUUGAACGUAGGUUGAAGAUUGAUCUGGGCGAGCACAGUGGUGAGAAGCUGGUGAUUGAAGACGUUUGUUGA